GGACACGACUUCACAAGUUUCAAUAACACCCAUCCGAGUCCCGCAUGAAUGUCCUUUCGAGUUGGGCUUUCUCGAAUCGGCAUUGCACAUCCCAAAUGUCUACCGAAACCAGUUGAUUUGCGUCUCUAUCGCCAACUCCAUUCUUCUGCAGCUAUUCACAACUCGGUUAGGGAAUAUUUGGCCUCGUUGAAGACUGAUAUUCAGAAUCCAGAUGUGAUUCACCGCGAUUAUCCACUUUUAACAUGGGAGAUUAGGCAACUAAAGCAGGCGCGCCAAAAUCUUCUUAACAAAAAUGACAUCGAGACUAUGCUGGAGGCCUUAGCCCUUUCGGCUCUGCCAGAGGACCUUUCUCGUAUAGAACAGAUUUUAUCCGACAUGUCAAUUGUCUACGAUGUCCCUCCUUCUUCCGAAACACACACAGUCAUCAUUCGAGCUCUGAUUCAGAAAGGAACUUUCCAGUCCGUGAAGCUCUGGUUGGAGCAUAUGCCGAAGAAACCAGGUGGUGUUGAACCUACCAUAGGACAUUACCAUUUGGUACUCGAAGCUGGUCCACGAUUCUGCACAUUCAAAAACAUGAUGCAGCUUGUUCGCGAGAUGCGACAACGAGGUUGCGAGCCAACAAACGACACGUUCAAACUUCUUGCGCAAGCUCGAUGGCUGACGACUACCCGGGUAUCCAGAAUUCCCCUACCUUCCGACUUUACCCCAAUUUUCCGACAUAUGCAGGAAAUUGGUCUUCCAUACAAUACUACCGUGGCUGAUAUGAUCCAUGUCAUGUACCUGGACAAGCAGCGCUUUCGAUAUGCUGAAGAAAUCAUGGUUUUAUACAACGACUCGUACUCUGAUCUCCUACCACCUGGCCUAUUAUGGGAGAACGAGUGGCUUCUUCGCUUGUCUGCAGCUGUAAAAGAAGGAGGUGUAGCCACUGGUUUGAAGUUGAUAUCGCAAUAUAGAGAGGAAGGAGGGAAGCCUUCAGUCCGUACUUUGGGAGUUUUCAUGCAGCGCAUCACGCGCUUCGAACACUUGUGCAGUGUUCGAGACCAGCUUGGUAUCGCUCCCUCGCAAGAACAAUGGUCUAUGUUACUCUCAAAGUGUGUCAAGCGGGGCACCAUCUCGGAAAUGUUGGAGUGCUAUAAUGAAAUUAGGAAUGAAGGCGUAAUGCCCACCGCCAGCUCAGUUCUGGCUUCCCCUUUAUCCGACGCCGUCGACACCUCCUUCAAGAUUUUCAAUGAUUUUACAGAUUCGCUUCCAGACCGUUGCGAUCUGCUUGAAAGAGAGACGCAACGCUCCCUUGCAGAUCUAUUUUCUAACAUGCUCAGAGAGGUUACUCAGCACUUGGACAAAUAUGCGCCCAUGAAGGAGCUAAUCCUUAAAGAGGCCGAGGUUCACAAUGUUCCUCUUCAAAGUGCAAGUGCAUAUCUCACUGCCAUAAGUAUGAACUCUGCACGCACAGAGCGCGACGCCAUGGAAGCAUAUCGAGAAAGCAAACAUAUUUUGGAUGAAGCUGGAUAUAUGACAGUCCUGGAUAUCCUGAGCCGAAUUUCAUGGAGUGAUAGGAUGGAGCCACGGGUUCCUACCAUCUCUUUUUAUUUCGAGGUUGUGAAGGAUAUGAAAGCCGCUCGCUAUUCUGUAACCAUGACUAUCUAUCUGAUCCUCCUUCGGUCUUUACGACAGCUUGCCAGCCGCACAGCUAAGAGUGUUGGAUUUCUGCACUUGCGCCAUGAUACGCUUGCAGCUACCCGCCAAACUCACGACCUCAUCACCCUCGACUCUUCGAUUUCGCCCAACAUCGGUCUUUGGAAUGCGUUAUUGGAAAACUACCGGCAGCUGGGAUCUUUUCCAGAUGCACUUCGUGUUUGGGAUACUAUGUACAUAUCCCGAACAUUUGAUCGAGCCAGCGUCAACAUUAUCCUGACGACUUGUCGCGAAGCCGGUGGUUUGGAUAUGGCGGGACAGAUAAAAAGCAAACUGGAGAGGUCCGGGCAGAAUGAACGAUGCGUUACGCGAUAUGUGCACCAUUGUAAAGGAUCCUGAUCCAGAGAUGGCUCAAAUCAUUUUGGGACGCCUGAAACCUGACAUUAAAGUGAACGUUAUGGCUGCGAUUCAGAAACAUCGACCUAAAUUGCACAUCGC